AAACCUCCCGACCACCGCACGUGUUGACACUUAGUUUUUGAUUGCAUCGCAUCUAAACUGCCUUCGAAAUGGCCAAAAAGAAAGACAAGUCGGAAAAACUCGCUAAGAAAACUAAGGAGAAGGCCCCGGUCGCCCAGGUAAUCGUGGUCGGCGGCACCGAUCCAGAGAGCGGAAUCUGGCAGGAUGCACGUUUCCAGCACCUCCUGGCCGACCCGCGGUUCCGUGGUGUUCCCAAGGUGCAGCGUAAGGUGCGGAUCGACAAGCGCUUCCAGGGCAUGUUCACGGACGACAAGUUCAAGGUAAAGUACACCGUGGACAAGUACGGCCGCCCGGUAAACAAGAGUAAUGCCGAGGACCUAAGGAAGUUCUACGAGCUAGACGAGAAUGAGAGCGACACCGACGAGGAGAAGGCCAAGGAGCUGACAGAGGAGGCAACCAAAACGGAGUCGGAUUCGGAGGUGGAAGCGGAGCAGCGGGCCGAGGAGCUGGCCAUCGCCAACUUGGAGGAGCAGGAGAACUUGGGCAAUGAUGUCCUGGACAGCGAUGGCUCUGAGGUUCCCCAAAAUCUGCGCGAGCGACUGACCAACCCAGACAUAGACUACGCCCGCGGAGAGGGCCGCCUUCUCACAGACUCCUCCUCCGAGGAGGAGAGUGACGACGAGGACGGUGACGAGGGCCCGGAGCUGCAGAUAGACCACGUGUGGGGCGAGCUUGACAACGAUGCUGAAAGCACCGAGGAGAGCUCCCGCCGCUUGGCCGUCUGCAACAUGGACUGGGACCGCAUACGGGCCGAGGACCUGAUGGUCAUGCUGAGCUCGUUUCUGCCGCCCGGCGGCAGCAUCCUCAGCGUGAAGAUCUACCCCUCACAGUUUGGCAAGGAGCGCAUGGCCGAGGAGGAGGUGCACGGCCCCAAGGAACUGGUGGAGCGCAGGGAGGAUUCGGAAGACGACUCUGACGAGGAGUUGGUUCAUCAGCAGGACAGCGACGCGGAGGAGGGCGAGAGUUACCACAUGGAGAAGCUGCGCCAAUACCAGCUAAAUCGCCUGCGAUACUAUUACGCCGUCGUGGAGUGCGACAGCAUCUCUACCGCCGACAAAGUGUACCAGGAGUGCGAUGGCAUUGAGUACGAGAGUUCCGCCACUCGCGUGGACUUGCGCUUUAUCCCGGACGACACUUCGUUCGAGGAGGACACGCCAUCGGACGAAUGCCACGAGCUACCGGAUGCUAGCAGCUAUAAACCGCGCCAGUUCACAACCACGGCACUGCAGCAGGCUAAGGUGGAUCUGACCUGGGACGAAACGGCGUUGGAACGGCGAGAGUUGGGCGACAAGCUUUCCAGCGGUCAGGUUGACAAGCUUACGGACAAGGAGUUGCGCCAAAUAGUGGCUUACAGCAGUGAGGAGGACUCGGGAGAUGAGCAGCCAGCUCAAGGCGAGCUACCAGAGAAGUCGAAGGAAUCGAAGGAAAUUGCCAAGAAGCCCUCAAAGCAAGAGCGCAUUGCCACAUACAAGAACCUGCUGGCUGACAUCCUGCAGCAGGAAAAGCAAGAAAAGGAGCAAAAGUACGAGAUGGAAAUGACCUGGAACGUGGAGUCUCAGCAAGAAGAGGAGCAGCAAGUGCAGGAAACCCAAGCCGAGCUUACGCCUAUCGAGAAGGUGAUACAGAAGCGCAGCGAGAAGAACAAGCAGCGCAAGGAACAGCGUCGCCAGCGCCAGAUCGAGGCCAGGGGAGAGGAUCCUGGUGAUGACAGUGAUGCCUCCAUAGUGCCCGACGGCAUUGAUCUAAACGACGCCUACUUCGCCGAGGAGUUCGCUAAUGGCGACUAUGCUCCGCCAAAGUCAAAGCAGGACAAGAAGAAAAAGAAGAAGCGGGGAAAGGCCGAUAAAGACGAGGAUGCCAAGGCGCAGCAGCAGGAGAAGGAGUUGGAACUUCUGCUGGACGAUGGCGACGGACGGGACGAAAAGCAGCAUUUCAGCCUGUCCAAGAUCCUAAAGGAGGAGCAGGAAGCGGGCGGUACCAAGCGAAAGCGUCGGCAGCAGUUGAAGAAAUCAAAGAACAAGCCACAGGAGUCAGAAAAGCCGGACGACGACUUUCAGGUGGACCUGAACGAUACGCGCUUUAAGGCUGUCUACAAGUCCCACGAAUUCAACAUCGAUCCCACUCACUCCCACUACAAGCCCACCAAGGGCAUGCAGCAGAUCAUUGGCGAGAAACUGAAGCGCAGACAAGAGCAAGUGGAUGGCGGCGCUGUCAACGGAGGUGCGGAUGAUGAUGAACCGGUGGCCCCCAAGCGGAGCAAGCAGCAACUGGAGCAGAAUGCCCUCGUCAAGAGCCUGAAACGAAAGAUCCAGCAGCAGCAGCAGGGCCAGAAGCAUUAAUGUUUAAUAGAUAGAAAACAAUAAAUUAAUAAAUAAGUAAAUGACA